ACGUUGCCAAGAACAUUUCAAGCAGCAGGAUGGCACAAAGACAAGGAUGAUAUCCAUUCUCCGCUGUGCGACCAGACAAUCGAGCAGACUGUAAACAGGUUUGUUUAGCAUCAACAUUGUUAAAUAUAAUGAAAUAACAGUUCAAGGUCGAACUGAUAAUAGGAUUCCAUAGUAAUAUGACAAGCUUGUCUUUAUAGAGAUUCUAAAAUGAAAGGCGGUCUGGUAGGAAUAACACUGAAUAAAGGCACAGUGCAUUGCUGGUUGAUGGGACAGGCAGAAAGAAGUGUGUGAAGCUAUGGCUUGCGUACCUGAAAGUUGAACGUUACUCUUUUUAUGACAAUUAAUCUAUAUUUUAUUUGAAACUUGAUGGGCAUAUGAUUGUAACUACCAAAUAUUUCCCUGCAGGAGCAGAAAAGAUUUGGAUAAGGCUCAAAAUAAAGCAGAUGAGAAGGCUGUUAAAGAUGUAAUCAAUAUCACUAAGUUAUAUUCAACCAUCAAGAAGACUAACUUGCAAACAUUUUCAUCUUUGGGAAAGGAAGCGACAAAUAAAGGCAGUAAAGAACAACUUGUUGCCAUGAAAAACUCCAACAUUUUAUUUGCAAAAAUGCUGCUUAUAGCCAAAAGUCGAAAUCUCCAAUUGGAUGAUGUCUUUAAAUAUUCUCUCAGGCCAUUUCCCUGCUCUCUUGCAACCAGCGAAGGAGACCCUGUAAAAACACAUAAAUCAAAGUUGGUUCAUGCUAUUGAAGAAGAAGCUCCAAGCCUCUCGGUUUCUGAUCGUCCGCUUGAAGACAGCGCAUGUAUCCGUGUUGCUAUGGCCAUUUUGCAAACGUUGACAAAGUUAUAA